AACAGAAACUUCUCGUUCGAACAUCUCGUAAUAUUUUUCGGUGGAAAACAGUGAUUCUACAAUGGCAAAGUUUGUGGUGUCCAUCUUUCUGCUAGUUGCCGUCGUCGUGAUGGUUAGCGCACAAGGUCUGGGAGGCCAGCACGGAGGUGGCGGUCACGGAGGCUUCGGAGGAGGCCACGGUGGACAGCACGGAGUGCAGGGACAUGGUGGACAGCAUGGAUUCGAUGGACACGGUGGACACGGACAGGGUGGACACGGCCAGAGCGGACACGGCCAGGGCUUCGGUGGAAACGUUGGACACGGUGGCGGCCAUGGAGGCCACGGACCCGUCGGACACGGUCAGGGUCAUGGUCAAGGUCAUGGGUACAAGAAGCACGGCUACUAAGGCAAUACCAUCUAAGUCUGUUGGAAAAUAAAUGUGAUUUUUGGUUACGUAAUAAUCUGA